AUAAUAAUAAUAAUAAUAAUAAUAAUAAUAAUAAUAAUUACAACGCCGGCCCAUAGGGCCUGGCAUGGAUUAACGGGGCAAGGUGACUAGGGCGAGAGGGCCCGCCCCCCUCACGCUGACGCCUCACCACGAAAGAGUCACAACCUCCGAAACUACAACCUCCAAGUCCUAGGCCGCUCUUCAAAGUCCACUACAUCCGAGCCUGCACACCUAGCAUAUCGAGCUAGGGAAACGCCGCGUUAUAGUAGUGGAGCACUGCCAGUUCGUGCAAACCGAGGAGCCAUGGCGCUCCUCCUCGAGCCUUGGAUCUUGAGCCUUGUCUUGAACCUUGGACCUCGCCACUAAAUCGGACUUCUGCACCACGACCUUUCUAGGUUGCAGCGGGCAUAAGCCCGCAAUUGCCACUAAGGGCAAUUACCUAUCAUUCGUGGGAUCACCAAUCGGUUGCGCACCAAUCUUUCGCCUUUUGCAUAAUUGGGCUUUUAUCCGGAUUCGUACCCGGGUCCCUUCUGCCGUAAGGACGAGUCAAAUCGCUAACUGAGUUAGCGAUCCGGUGAUUGGCGGCGUCGGGGUCGUUGCCAGCCGGUUGGUAUACCAUAUCCCUGUCCUUGAUGACCGCAACCAGCUGCAACAGAAGCCUGCGAUACAAGAAUCAACGCGUAUCCAGUGCGUUCCGGCCGUUGUCCAGAGUGUCCGAGCCCCCCCCAUUUUGGAGGCUGACGCUCACGUACCGCACAACCUCACCAUACGUGGGAGUGGGCUUCUACGAAACCGGCGACGUUGAAUAUUCAUACCCCUGCCCGGUAGUGCUCGAACCCACGGAGGCCAUUAUUUCUGUACCCGUGCCGGCCGCCUUCACCUACACCGCCAGCCCCAACACCGUGACGCUGACGCCAGCUGAUUGCGGCUGGGCUGCCGGGUCCACAUUUGACAGCUUUUUCCUCAUUACGUAUGUGGAGGGGGAUGAUGCUCCAGUGUCCGAGUUGCUAAUCGAUUCGUUCACCAUAGAAACAGGCAUCGCUCCUUCGCCGCCCCCGUCACCGGCUCCACCGCCCAGCCCCGAGCCGCCCAGCCCCGCGCCCCUAGCUUUUGGCAACACCCGCGCCGUUGCCUUUAGCUCGCUGCCUGUGGGAGCGCUCACCAGCUCCUCGCUGUCGGCCCAGGGCAUUGAGCUGUCUGCCGGCAGCAAUCCCGUCAGCCCGGCCUGGGGCGAGGUGGUGGACUGCGCGGCGGGCUGGAGCUAUGGCGGCGGCACCAUCAUGACCGCCGCCGGCUGCACGCAGGCCCUGCGCUUCCCGUACGACGACUUCAGCGAGUCGUUCCGUCCUGCCUCGCCCCCCAGCAUGUUCUGGAGCCUCAGCCUCACGUACCGCACCACGCUGCCAUACGUGACCCUGUACCUGUACCCCACCAGCGGCCAGGGCAACGCCAACGCCUGCAAGGUGCGGCUGAACCGCACCGAGCCCAUCGCCAGCCCCAGGCCGCCGGCCUUCGUGUACUCCGCGUCCAACAGUGUGACCGUGACGGCGUCCGAGUGCGGCUGGAGCGCUGGGUCCACGUUCUUCAGCUUUUCAUUUUACGUGGGCGUGGAGGGUAGCUCAGCCGGCAUCGAUGUUUUCGAGCUGCUGCUCGAUUCAUUCACUAUGGUAACGGGCAUGGCUCCCUCGCCCUCGCCCUCUCCUCCCUCGCCGGCGCCCCCGUCACCGGAGCCACAAAGCCCUGCACCGCCCAGCCCCGAGCCCCCCAGCCCGAUGCCGCCCAGCCCAGAGCCACCCUCGCCGGCACCACCGAGCCCCGAGCCCCCCAGCCCCGCGCCGCCCAGCCCGGCGCCUCGAGCCUUCGGCAGCAGCAGCCUCACCGUCAGCUUUGAUGCGCUGCCGCUUGGAAGCCUAACGCUCACGUCGCUGGAGGCACAAGACAUUCGCCUGGCCCACCAAAACGAAAGCAACGCCUUGCCCGGAUGGGGACAGGUGGUGGACUGCGCUGCAGGCUGGACGACUGAUGACAGUUGGGCUAUGACUGCCACCGGCUGCAACAAGACCCUGCGCCUUACGAACGCACUAUCGGACUUCUUCCUGCCAUUGUCACCGCCCAGCACGUUCUGGAAGCUCUCGAUUACGUACCGCACCACAUUUAGGUACACGGUACUUUUGCUGUACGGCACCGGCGAUGUCAGCCACGUGUGCGACCGGGUGCUGCAGAGGUCAGAUCCGACCCCCUUGCCCAACCCGACCAAGUUCACCUACACCGCCGCGCCCAUCACGUUUACGGUGACUCCGGCGGACUGUGGCUGGGCUGCUGGGUCUACAUUCGACAGGUUUGCCAUCUCGAUUAGUACAUAUUUAGCAUUCGGCGACGACCGCGUCGACUUACUGCUCGAUUCAUUCACCAUGGACACGGGGAGCGCUCCUUCGCCCCCGCCCCCACCCCCAUCCCCCCCCAUGCCCCCGCCGCUGCCGCCGUCACCCCCGCCGCUGCCGCCGUCACCCCCGUCACCGGAGCCUAUGGUUUUCGGCAGCACCCGCACCGUCAGCUUCGACACGUUUGAGCUUGGAUCCCUGACAGGGACUUCGCUUGAAGCGAAGGGCCUGGCCCUGUCCAACUACCCUGAUGGCACCGACCACCUAAGGGGUGAGGUUGUGGACUGCGCCGCCGGUUGGUAUAACAAUGUACCCAUGAACGCAGCCGGCUGCAAUAGAAGCCUGCUAUACAAGGAUGAAGGCUCAUCCAAUGCCUUCCGGCCGUUGUCCAGAGUGUCCGGGCCCCCCCCGUUUUGGAGGCUGACGCUCACGUACCGCACAACCUCACCAAACGUGGGAGUGGGCUUCUAUGGAACCGGCGACGUUGAAUAUUCAUACUCCUGCGCGGUAAGGCUCAAACCCACGGAGACCAUUGCUGAACCCGCGGUGGCCGAAUUCACCUACACCGCCAGCCCCAACACCGUGACGCUGACGCCAGCUGAUUGCGGCUGGGCUGCCGGGUCCACAUUUGACAGCUUUUUCCUCUACAUGUCUAUGACGGCGGGUGUUGCUCCAGUGUUCGAAUUGCUAAUCGAUUCGUUCACCAUAGAAACAGGCAUCGCUCCUUCGCCGCCCCCGUCGCCAGCACCGCCGCCGCCCAGGACCAUCCCAUGGCCGCCCAGCCCCGAGCCACCCAGCCCCGCGCCGCCAAUCCCACUGUUCGCCAGCACACGCGUCGUCAGCGUUGAAGCGCUGCCGCUCGGUAAUCUUGCCAGCACCUCGCUUCUGGGUCUCGGCAUUGGUCUAGACGCUGACAUGUAUACUUCAUCGCCUGCGUGGGGCGAGGUGGUGGAUUGCGCCGGUGGCUGGAGCUACGAGGGAACUACCAUGACCGCCGCCGGCUGCAACCAGACCCUGCGCUUUCCGUAUCAGGGUUUUACCGGCAGGUUUGAGCCCCUGUGGGCUCCACAUGGCGGGUUCUACAGCCUCUCCCUGACGUACCGCACCACACUGCCGUGGGUGCAACUGGAGCUUUUUAACUUUCAGUAUUGUACAUUGCGGCUGAACGGCACAGAGUCCAUCGUCAGGCCCAGACCAGCCGCAUUCACCUACGCCGUGUCAAAGACUGUGACAGUGACACCGGAAGCGUGCGGCUGGGCGGCUGGGUCAACCUUCCUCAAUUUUAACUUCGAUGUGAAGUACAUCCCUGGUGGUAUUGACGUGUACGAGCUGCUGAUCGAUUCGCUAACCCUGGAAAUGGAACCUCCUCCUCAGCCCAACCCGCCUAGCCCCCCGCCGCUACCGCCGCCCUCGCCGGCUCCGGAUCAGCGGAUUGCCAGCUUCACCUCGCUGCCUGUGGGCGCGCUCACCAGCUCCUCGCUGUCAGCCCAGGGCAUUGAGCUGUCUGCCGGCAGCAAUCCCGUCAGCCCGGCCUGGGGCGAGGUGGUGGACUGCGCGGCGGGCUGGAGCUAUGGCGGCGGCACCACCAUGACCGCCGCCGGCUGCACGCAGGCCCUGCGCUUCCCGUACGACGACUUCAGCGAGUCGUUCCGUCCUGCCUCGCCCCCCAGCAUGUUCUGGAGCCUCAGCCUCACGUACCGCACCACGCUGCCAUACGUGACCCUGUACCUCGGCCAGGGCAACGCCAGCGCCUGCAAGGUGCGGCUGAACCGCACCGAGCCCAUCGCCAGCCCCAGGCCGCCAGCCUUCGUGUACUCCGCGUCCAACAGUGUGACCGUGACGGCGUCCGAGUGCGGCUGGGGCGCUGGGUCCACGUUCUUCAGCUUUUCAUUUUACGUGGGCGUGGAGGGUAGCUCAGCCGGCAUCGACGUUUCUGAGCUGCUGCUCGACUCGUUCACCAUGGAAACGGGCAUGGCUCCCUUGCCCUCGCCCUCUCCUCCCUCGCCGGCGCCCCCGUCACCGGAGCCACAAAGCCCUGCACCGCCGAGUCCCCAGCCCCCCAGCCCGAUGCCGCCCAGCCCAGAGCCGCCCUCGCUGGCACCACCGAGCCCCGAGCCCCCCAGCCCCGCGCCGCCCAGCCCGGCGCCUCAGGCUUUCGGCAGCACCCGCACCGUCAGCUUUGAUGCGCUGCCGCUUGGAAGCCUAACGCUCACGUCGCUGGAGGCACAAGACAUUCGCCUGGCCCACCAAAACGAAAGCAACGCCUUGCCCGGAUGGGGACAGGUUGUGGACUGCGCUGCAGGCUGGACGACUGAUGACAGUUGGGCUAUGACUGCCACCGGCUGCAACAAGACCCUGCGCCUUACGAAUGAACUAUCGGACUUCUUCCUGCCAUUGUCACCGCCCAGCACGUUCUGGAAGCUCUCAAUUACAUACCGGACCACAUUUGCGUACACGGGCCUUGUGCUGUACGACACCGGCGAUGUCAACAACUUCUGCGAACAGACGCUGGAGAGGUCAGAUCCGACCCCCUUGCCCAACCCGACCACGUUCACCUACACCGCCGCGCCCAUCACGUUUACGGUGACUCCGGCGGACUGUGGCUGGGAUGCUGGGUCUACAUUCGACAGGUUUGCAAUCUUCAUUUACACAUUUAUGGCCGUUGGCCGCGACCGCGUCGAAUUACUGCUUGAUUCGUUCACCAUGAAAACGGGGAGCGCUCCUUCACCCCCGCCCCCGCCCCCGUCACCCCCCAUGCCCCCGCCCCGGCCGCCUUCACCCCCGCCGCUGCCGCCGUCACCCCCGUCACCGGAGCAUAUGGUUUUCGGCAGCACCCGCACCGUCAGCUUUGACACGCUGGAGAUUGGAUUACUGACAGAGACUUCGCUUGAAGCGCAGGGCCUGGCCCUGUCUGACUACCCCUUCGGCACGGGUCACUUUAAAAUGACCUGGGGACAGGUUGUGGACUGCGCCGCCGGUUGGUAUCUCGCAGCAGCAGCAGUAAGCAUGAACGCAGCCGGCUGCAAAAGAAGCCUGCAAUACAAGGAUGAAGGCUUCAGCAGUGCGUUCCGGCCGUUGUCCAGAGUGUCUGAGCCCCCCCCGUUUUGGAGGCUGACGCUCACGUACCGCACAACCUCACCAAACGUGCGAGUGGGCUUCUACAAAACUGGCGACGUUGAAUACUCCAACUUCUGCCAGGUAGAGCUCAAACCCACGGAGACCAUUGCUGGACCCGCGCCGGCCGCGUUCACCUACACCGCCGGCCCCAACACCGUGACGAUGACGCCAGCUGAUUGCGACUGGGAUGCCGGGUCUACAUUCGACAGCUUUUUCUUCUACAUUGCUAUGGCGGAUGAUGAUGCUCCAGUGUCCGAGUUGCUAACCGGUAAGCAAUUUGUUGGUGGGGCCCCGGGGAGCAGCUUGGUGUAUGGAGCAGCUUGGUAUGUCCUAUAAAACAUUGGUGUAGAUAGCGCAUGCAAUCAAACAUAGGGGCAGGGGGGGGGGGGUUAGGAACAAACAUUU